AGUGCUUUGGGGAGCAGAGGCAGUGUUACGCCAGCCGCCAUGGACACCGGACCUGUGAACAACAUUGUCUUUUUGGCUGACUGUUACAAGGUCGGCCACCACCGCCAGUACCCUCCAGGAACUACGACACUCUACUCCUACUUCGAGUCUCGUGGGGGCAGGUUUCCCUAUACCGUUUUCUUCGGUCUACAGUACAUACUGAAACGUUGGCUCGUGGGACAGGUCGUGACGGAGGAGAUCAUCGAGGAGGCCAAGGAUAUCCUGCAGAAGGGCGUUUUUAAUGAGGAAGGAUGGAGGUACAUCCUCAAGCACCACGGAGGUCGCUUGCCAGUGAGGAUCAAGGCUGUGCCAGAGGGAACGGUCCUACCCACGAAGAACGUUCUUCUGACCGUCGAGAACACUGACCCUAACGUUCCUUGGCUGACUGGAUACCUCGAGACGAUCUUGGUACAAGUCUGGUACCCGAUCGCCGUCGCUACCAACUCGAGAAUUCACAAGCAGGUGAUUCACCACUACCACGAUCUCACGGCGGGGAAUACCAACUUCGUACCAUUUUGUCUUCACGACUGUGGUUACCGCGGCGUGUCCUCAGUCGAGACGGCGGCGGUGGGCGGCGCGGCGCACAUGGUCAACUUUAAGUCUUCCGACACGCUGGCCGCCAACGCCCUCCUGAAGAAGUACUACCACGAGGUCCGGCGCGUGGAAGGCAGCGGCGCCUUCUCCGAGCACUCGACGGUGACCAGCUGGGGGCGCGAGAGGGAGGCCGACGCCCACAAGCACGCCAUCGAGACCUUCUUCGGAGAGUUCGUAGGAUGCGUGUGUGAUUCCUACAACAUUUACGAAUGUUUGGAAAAGAUCUUUGGAGGAGAACUGAAGGACCUCGUCUUGCAGCAUGCGAAGAAGGGCGGCAUGCUGGUGGUGCGUCCUGACAGCGGCGACCCCUGCGAGGUGAUUCUCAAGUGUUUGGAAAUUCUCGGAGAUCGCUUCGGCACCGAAACCAACGCUAAUGGCUUCAAGGUUCUCCCGCCUUUCCUCAAGAUCUGUCAAGCUGACGGGGUCAACUUCAAGUCCGUGGACACCAUCCUAAGGACAAUGAAGGAGCAUGGAUGGUCAGCGGACAACGUUAGCUUCGGGUCCGGGGCGUCCCUACUACAGAGGCUGGACCGAGACACCCAGAAAUGCGCCUACAAGUGCAGCCUGGCAGUGAUCGGCGGGCAGGAUGUGGAAGUAUUCAAGGAACCGAUCACAGACACCGGGAAGACGAGCAAGCGCGGACGCCUCACUCUGCAGAUGGAAGAAGGGGUGUACAGGACCUUCGAAAAAGGGACUGGGGAUCCUGACAAGGACCUGCUUGUAACAGUCUUUGAGAACGGAGAACUCCUAAAAGAUUAUACAUUCGCCGAGAUUUGUCAAAGAGCUGAGAUUUCUCCUGCUGAUCCAGACAUCAUGAAGUUCUUGGCUGAGGACCAAGGGCAGCGUUGGUGAGAAGUUGCCAGAGUUACUCCAGUAGAAGCAACGGUUGCUGUUACGGGAGCAAAACAACAGGAGUGACUUCAUCUUGCCUGAAAACAACACCCGGAACUAAGAGAAUCAUGAGGUCAUUUUGGGAUGAUAUAUUGACUGAUUAAAAAAGUAUAUAUAUAUACACACAUAUAUAUAUAUGCUAUAUGUAUAUGUAUAUAUGCUAUAUAUAUAUAUAUAUAUAUAUAUAUAUAUAUAUGUAUAUAUAUAAAACCCCUUUCAGCAGACGAAAGUGAUAAGAUUAUGACAUCAGGUAUGGUAUCCUGAAAAUCAUUGUAAAACGUUCAUGUUUAGUGUCUUCGUCCGGAUAAGCACACGGAACUAGCAUAUUUCUCCAUAGGAUACUGUUGUGAAAGAUAUAUUCAUAAUGUUCCUGCACGACAACCUGGACAAGUAGGCCUACCACAAAUUGUAAUGUCAAAAGCCUAUUGAGUAGUAAUUGAUAUACAAAAUAUAUGAGUAGGAUAACAUUCAGGAUGUUAAGUAUACUGAUAGAUACUAGCUUUCAUAGAUGAUUUAUUGUUUGUAAGAGAGAAUAUAAACUGUUAACAAUGCAUUGUGCAAAAUGUAUUAUGCCUGUGAUGGAUUUACAAAUGACGAUGUAAUAAUGAAGAUAAAAACAAAAAAUAA